AGGGAAUAUCCCUUCAUCAUUUUCUGCUGACAGUGGGCAUUUCUGGCCAUGGAUCUCCUGGAGAGUGUUGUGAUCAACUGGAACCUCCUGUGUCUUGUCUUAGGAACAGUGCUGCUCACCAAGCUGCUCAGAUUAUGGAGUCCCAAGCUAUGUAACAAAUUGGCGUAUUGGUACACCUCUGAGCCUCCUGACUUGGUUAGCCUGAAGAGAGAAGUAUCAGAUAUAAAGCAACAGUUGCAGCAUGUUAAUAUGAUGGACAAUUUUGCAGAUCAUGCCAGACUUCAGAGGAGAAUCAAUCAGAAGGACAGAGAGCUUCAGGUGAAAGAGAAGGGUCACAAGUCACGGUUGACGAAGCUGAGUGCCGUGUUGAGUGGAGGGAGUUCAGUGUUAAUAUUUAUAAUGCGUAUUGGUGUCGUCAUGUUGAAUCGUCGGAGACCAGUUGCCAUUUUCCCCACUGAACUGUUCCAUCCAGUGUCUCCACUCCUGGCCUUCCCCACUGGACAACCAGGUGGUAUCGGCUGUCCUCUGUGGGCUGUAGCCUGCUCUCAGUUUAUAGAUACUGUCAUGCAAUGUCUGAACGUUGUCUAGUUUUAUUGUUGUACUUUUAUAAUACCAUUAAUUGUUUUUUGGUUUCAGUACUUUAAUAUUCUGGCGUAGUCUACAAUGUAUAAUUUAUUAUGAAAGUAGUAACAGAAAACAUUGCGAUCUAA